GGGGUCCUUGCUGAAAUCUUGGAACCAAUCAUGGGAAAAGGGCUGAUACCUGCUGACCUUGAUACUUGGAAACAGAGGAGAAGAGUUAUUGCUCCUGGAUUCCACUCAUCAUACCUGGAAGCUAUGGCUAGAUUGUUCACUGACUGUGCUGAUAGAACUGUGUUGAAAUUUGAUAAGCUUCUUGAACAAGAAGAGUCACGAGGAGGGAAAGCAAUUGAGUUGGAUCUCGAGGCAGAAUUCUCAAAUUUAGCACUAGAUAUUAUAGGGCUUGGUGUUUUCAAUUAUGACUUUGGUUCCAUCACUAAAGAGUCUCCAGUUAUUCAGGCAGUAUAUGGUACUCUUUUCGAAGCUGAGCAUCGUUCUACUUUCUACAUCCCCUAUUGGAAAAUUCCUCUGGCAAGAUGGCUAGUUCCUCGGCAGCGAAAGUUCCAGAAUGAUCUGAAGGUCAUCAAUGACUGCCUUGAUGGACUUAUACAAAAUGCAAAAGAGACCAGGGAGGAAGCAGAUGUCGAGAAACUACAGCAAAGGGAUUACUUAAAUCUUAAGGAUGCAAGUCUUUUGCGGUUUUUAGUUGAUAUGAGGGGUGUGGAUGUUGAUGAUCGUCAGCUAAGAGAUGACUUGAUGACGAUGCUGAUUGCUGGACAUGAAACAACUGCUGCUGUUCUUACGUGGGCUGUUUUCCUUCUAGCACAACAUCCAGUCAAAAUGAAGAAAGCGCAGUCAGAGAUUGAUGCGGUGCUUGGUCAAGGAAGGACAACCUUUGAGUCUCUUAAAAAAUUAGAAUAUUUGCGGCUUAUUGUUGUGGAAUCUCUGCGCUUGUAUCCACAACCUCCGCUACUUAUUAGACGCUCCCUUAAAUCAGAUAAACUACCCGGGGGCUAUAAUGGUGACAAGGAUGGAUACGAAAUUCCAGCUGGCACUGAUGUUUUCCUAUCUGUAUAUAAUCUUCAUAGAUCACCAUAUUUUUGGGACAAACCUGAUGAAUUUGAACCUGAGAGGUUCCUAGUACCAAAGGAAAGUUCCAUUGAAGGGUGGGCAGGUUUUGAUCCAUCUAGAAGUCCUGGAGCAUUAUACCCAAAUGAGAUUAUAUCAGACUUUGCUUUCUUGCCUUUUGGUGGGGGACCAAGAAAAUGUGUUGGUGACCAGUUUGCACUUAUGGAAUCAACAAUAGCAUUGGCUAUGUUGCUGCAGAAGUUUGAUAUAGAGCUGAGAGGAUCUCCUGAGUCUGUAGAACUAGUUACCGGAGCAACUAUUCAUACGAAGACUGGCUUGUGGUGCAAAUUAAAGAAGAGGUCAAUUGUUUGAAUUAAGGAUAAUAAUAUCCUAUCACAGUCAACAAUUCUGGCAACUGCAUUAUUCUUAGCAAAUUAUGACCAAUCAUAAUGACAAAGUUGAGGCGUAUAUUCCAUGAGGACGAGAGUCCAUAAAAGCAUUCAGAAAGGAUUUUAUUUUCUUGUAUUAUGAUUGUAGGAGAGAACAGCUUGCAUCAAAUUGGAUGCCACUUUUACCCAUAUGCUUAAGUUAGCUCUUUUUCAUAUUAUAACAUUAAUAGAAAAUAUCAGCAUCCCUCAAGUUAAUGUAUGUUUUGGGUAAGGACUGUAUUCUUCCAUGUGUUUCAUUCCCUUGUUACAAAAAGAGUGAGGUUCGGAAACGAGUCAAAACAUUUAUAUUCAA